AUGUCGUGCUGCCAGCCCUGCAACCCUUGCUGCCAGCCCUGCGGCCCGACCCCGCUGGCCAACAGCUGCAAUGAGUGCUGUGUCAGGCAGUGCCAGAGCUCCACUGUUGCCAUCCAGCCCUCUGCUGUGGUGGUGACCCUGCCCGGGCCCAUCCUCAGCUCCUUCCCACAGAACACCGUGGUGGGAUCCUCCACCUCCGCUGCCGUUGGCAGCAUCCUCAGCUGUGACGGAGUGCCCAUCAACUCCGGGGGCUUUGACCUCUCCUGCAUCACCAACCGCUACAGGUGUCGGCCCUGCUAA